AUCGCGACGCGUGUUUCACCGAUAGCCGAGCCGUGAGUUUUGAGAAAAGAUCGCGGAAUAAGCGUGAUUUUUGUAGAAACGGAGGGGAAAAAAAAAAUAAAAAAAUUCAAGAAAGAAAAAAACAAUUUCGCAACAUCGCGGGUCGACGUCUGUUCAAUUCAUUUAUUUUUAAUUUCAACUUUCUUUUCAUUCUUCUUUCAAAUCUUUUCAUCUUUUCACCGUAAAAGCAUCGUCAUCGUCAUCGUCAUCGCUCGAUAUAAGCCUUAUCCUAUAUGCGAUAUAAUUUACACAGCAGUGCGAAAGGUUAUUUUGCCGAUCGGUAUAAAAAUCGCGAAUUGAAACACAGCCGCUGAUAUUGUUCGCCAUGUGUUCCGACGACGAUAAUCUGGAUUUAUUUAAUCGAUGUAUUUUAUCAAUUAACUGAUCAUCGAGGAAUGAGAGCGAGGAUAAAAAAAAGAAAGAAAAAUGUGAACAAAACCGAGGACUCGCAGGAUUUUCACGUAUCUGUAUAAUGAGAAGUUGCGCGUGUGGAUUUGAAUUGCCAUAACGAGUAAUGAAGAAAUGAAUCGAUAUUUUAUGGGAUUAAAUAUCAUACACAAUUAAUACCGAGAUGUGAUGAUAGUUUUGAAAAGAAAUGUGUGUGAAAAGUUACGUCGCUGAUUAAAAAAAAAAAAAAAAACGAAAACCGUCCGCUGAAAUUUUCUUUUUUUCAUCUUUUUUUUUUAAACUCGAAUAAAUCAUCCAAGUGUUUUAUUUGUAAUAAUCGAUUAACCAGCAAUUAAGCGAUGUGUGCGAUUUGAAAACCACGGCGUGAAGAUUUUCUUAUUUGAAUGUAAAAAAAAAAAAAAAAAAAAAGCCCGAAGGAAUCGAAUUUAAAAAUAAAAUGCUCGCAGUGAUUACUGAAAAAGUGCGGAAAGAGGUGGAGAGCUAUCGAACAAGUUCGACAGUUUGAGUGUCCGAGAUAUUUUGCAUACCUGUGGGCGCGUGUGUGCGUGUGUGUGUGAAAUAAAAAUCAAUCUAUCAAACACAAGUAUCAGCCGCAGUGUAGUGAGUGCGGGUGUAUUUCUCCUCCUUGUUCGGAAAAAUUUUUUUCAUCGUAAAUCGUAAAAAUGAUCAGUGAUGGAAGAAAAUCUCUCUGUGCCUGUAAUAAUGAUAAUAAUCGUGGAAUAAAGUGGUUUCGUCGAAUCGUCGCAUUCGCGGUUAUAUUGUCCGCGAUAAAUAAUCCAAAAAAUGCCAAUUGCCAAAACGCACCGCCUGUCGGAAUAUGCGCAAUUGACGGCUGCAACUGCACCGUAGUUGUGAAAAAAUGGAUUAACGUGAAGUGCGUUUUCAGCAGCGACAAGGAUGUGGAGCUGGUGGAAGGUUCGGUGCCGGAGGAAGCGAUCGAAGUGGAAAUAUCCCGGUGUCGAGAGCUGAAGAUACAAGCAGGUGCAUUUAUGGGAGGUGUUCAACUGCGUAGAGUGCACGUCUCGGGGGUUUACAACGUGGUAGCGAAGAGCCAGGCGUUCAAUAAUUUAAGCGCCCCGAACACUCUGUUCGAGGUAUCGGAGUGCGACACGGUACUGCUGGAGAGUCACGCGUUCAAGAACUCGCUGAAACCACUGAGUGUCUCUAUAGCUCGGUGCAAAACCGUAAAGAUAAAGCCAAACGUUUUUUUAUGGCUGCUGAAGAUCACCAUCAAGGAUGUCCUCGACUUGGAGCUGUCCACCAACGCCUUCAAGUUCGACACGCCUCAGCCAGGACGUCAUGGACCGGCGACCCAGAUAUUGUUCCAGAGUGUAAAAAUAGACGAGUUACCAACGAUGGCGUUUCCCUCGACAGUCAUGGAGGUGCGCAUGGACAAUCUCGAGACAUCGGUGAUUCGCAAGGACACGUUUAGCGCCAUGAAGAUACUGAAAGUGGCGAUAAGCAACGCUACUAUCGGGACAAUCGAGUCGGGUGCUUUUAACGGUCGAACUCUGAUCGACAAUCUAGAAUUCGUCGAUGUGAGCGUUGCGCAAAUAAAAACCGGUGCGCUUCUGGCACCAGUCACAAAUUUCACAAUUCAAUACUCAAGAGUGAAUGACAUGGAGACAGGUGCCAUAAACGUGGUCGCGGCAACGGUGACUCUGAACAACAACGAGUUUCAGGAAAUCGCGCACCGGGCGAUAUCGCUCAACCAAUGGAACCACAUAGCGAUCCACCAGAACCUAUUCCGGAGUAUUCAGAACGAAUCGAUAUCGGUGAAGAUGUCAGAGAACGUUAAAACGCAGACUGAGUUCCUGUUCACCGAGAACCACAUAGUGACAGCGGAACCUGGUUCUCUGAGGUUCGCGGCACAGACUCAGAGUCUUCGCCGAACGACGAUAAGCGGUAACUACUUUGCAGAGCCGUGCAGCUGCAAUCUUGAAAAAUGGAUGAAAAAUCUAGCCGGAACAAACGGUUCCGUGGUAGCGGUGAUGGCCUCGAGCUACUGCGAGAUAGACGAGGUUCUAGGUCGGUGCUUCAAGGUGCCGCAGGGCCGGCUGUUGAUGAGCAACUUCACGAGCAUAAUAUGCGCGGCGAGUGAGCACCACAUACACUGCAAGGACCCUGCUACGAAGCCUGAGCCUAGCGUAAGUCCGCCGAACGUCGGUCCGCACGGUUACCCAAAGCCGAAGGGUUACUUCGACGUUGAAAUGAGUGACCCCAAGCAGCUGGAACGAGAGAAACGGAUAAUAGUGAUGAUAUGCUCGGCAGCUGGUCUCUGCGUGAUGGCGGUGCUGGUGAUGUUCGGUCUGUUCUACGUCCGGCGGCGAGGCGUCUGUCCGAAGUUGACGUCGGGUCCUUUCUCCGGUCUGGCCUCGUGGAUGUCGCCGAGCAACGGAAUGGCCGCUGCAACAUCGGCGAGGUCGAUAUCUCGGAUGAGCGUUAACGAGUACGCGGGUCUGCGGCCGGAAGCUAGAGUCCUGGCCGUGGAAACGGCGCCUGAUGACCAAGCCGAGGACGCCUACGCAUACACGGAGAACAAGGCGACCCAAACACUGCCCGAAGAACUGACCGAGGAUUACCUCAGGGAGCUCAGGGAGCGACUCAACGAUCCGGAUGACUACAGCGAGGCCAGAGACAUGAUCGAGCACCUCUACGACCUGAUCAAGGUCGAGGAGAGUUGCAACAACAACAACAACGACAACCGCGAGACUCCGGCGGUCUACCACGACCUUGUAGUGAGACCCCGGGCUCGCGGCUCGGCCUUGAGGCCCUCGACGAGCGUCGGUACGCGAGUUCCGUCCCUGGACAAGCUUCUCCCGACCCCCGUGGGGCCUCGGUCCCAAAUCGUGGAGUACGCCGAGCCUCGAGACAGUAAAUUGAGCGACCAGAAUCACCUCUACGCCGAGCUUCUGGGCGACGAAACGGUACCCAGUACGAGCCGACUGUCCCAACCAGUUUUGGCUGGACUUGUCGGUCGGGCCCAGCAGCCUCUGCCGCCGGAAAUUGGUGGUACCGGAAACGAGGGGCAGAAGAACGGCUUCAGGGAUCCCGCCAAGAGCCAGACUCGACCUCUGAGCUUCCUCAAGGCCCUCGGCGAGAGCAUUCUCGGUACGUCGUCGAAGAGUCCUCAGAAAAGGCCCGCGGCUCCGUUGCUCUGCGAGUACGCCGAACCCUCGGACGCGGCGGCUCACCUUUACUCGGAACUCUCGGAGCCGAAUACUCACACGAACUCGAGGCCAUCUAGUAAAAUGGCCAACAGACCUUUGCCAACGAAGCCUGGUGAUACGGAGACAACACCGAUCACCAUUUCGUAAAACUUCCGUCAACCAUAAAUUAAUCUGUGAUAUACAUAUAUAUCGAUCGUUAUUAUUUAAUAUAUACGUAUCAUAACAAGAGGAAGACUUCAAUAUCAUUACUAUUAGCGUAUUACGUAUUUAUAGGUACAACGUAUCUCAUAUAUGUUCGACUAUCACUUAUCGUUAUUAUUAUUAAUAUUAUUAUUAUAUGAUUUUGCGUCUCUACUCAAGUUCUUUGAAAAUAUUCAUAGCUGAUCUGUAAAUAUUACGUUGCGUGUAUCACGGCUCGGUAAAUAGAUGAGUACGACUAAAAUUGUGGUCUCGUUUGGAUUGGUCGAAUUUCGAAAUUCGAAAAAAUAUACAGUGAGCAUGAACUUUACACGUGAAGAUGAAACAACGAGGUGUUAAAAAAUUGAUUUAUUUAAGGUUUAAGUUUGUAUGAGAAUUACUUUUUCCUUCGUAUGAUAUUGUAGACUGUAGGAAUAUUUGGGAAAAUUGUAAAGAAACCAACGAAUCGUGAUGGUUAUUAAAUGAUUGUUGAGAACGGCGGCAGCGUGUCGUAUUAUUCAAUUACCGGUCCGCGUGUCUCUGGUUAAAGUCACAUGUGAAGAGAUCGGACUCGUGCGUUUUAGAGUGUAUAGUAUUAUGCCGCACGUGCUUGCACGUGAGUUAUUUCGACGCUGGCUAGCUGAAAAUAUCACGAUUCACGGGUGAGACACGAUCGAGGGUAAGACGCGAAAUGCCCUCUGGAAGGAAGCGUAAAAUAUGCCUGAAUUUCGAAUACGUUGUUUACUUUUUUUCUUUUCAAAAAAAAAAAAAAAAAAAAAAAAGAAACUUGAUCGCAUUUUUAACAAGGAA